AUGGCUUCCUCUACGUACCAACAGCAACCCUUCCCGGCUGUGCCUCCAUCUAUGUCCGCUGGCGAGCAUGAGAUGCGAGACUACCACGCACCGCAAGAUGCACCACGACCUACAAUAAACCAGACACCAGACUUCAAACCAUACCUCGGCCUUCGAGCUAGGCUCUCGCAGAUAUGGAUCAACCGCUGGACUAUUCUCCUACUACUAGUACUCGUACGACUACUUUUCGCCAUCGCAAGCACUGACUCAAGCCUUGUUUCAGCACGUCGCGAAGCUCUCAGUGCUUGCACCUCAGUCGAGAAAAUCGGCAGCUCAAUGGCCUCUAUGCCCCACUACAUGUCCCAGGGUGUCAACGAGAUGACUGCUUCUGGCAUCGACAAAGCUGUUGGUGGCCUCAUGAAAAUGUUGGAGAUGAGUGUCACUGGUGUCGAAGAGAUUGUGCUGUUUGUCAUUCACAUGAUGACCAGCACCUACCUCUGCCUCAUCACACUCGCUGUCAGUGGCAGCCUUCACGCAGCUGUUGAGCUCGGUACCGAGAUCAACAAGAAGCUCAACGAGACUAUCGAUGAAGUCACUGGCGACAUCGGUAACUCCGUGAAGUCUGUCACCGAGGGCAUCAACUCCAUCAUGGACAAGAUCAACUUCAACCUGCCCGGGUUCAAGAAGCCUGAAAUCAACCUGGACAGCUCCAUCAGCAAGCUCAAGGCGCUCGAACUGCCUUCCGAGAUGCAGGAAGGCCUCGUCAAGCUCAACCAGUCCAUCCCCACCUUCGAUCAGGUGCAGAACUUUACCGACAACCUCAUCCGCACUCCAUUCGAAGAGGUCAAGAAGCUCAUCAAAGCUAUGGACAAGUUCGAGUUCAACCGCACUCUGCUACCUGUCCCGCAAAAGGAGCAGCUGAACUUCUGCUCCGAAGGCAACUCGAUCAACGAAUUUUUCGACGACCUCAUCGAGAUGGCUUACAACGCCCGCAAGAUCGCUCUUGGCGUGCUCAUUGUCGCCGCGAUCCUCGUAUGCCUUCCCAUGGCGUGGAUGGAAGUUCGUCGUUACCGGAAGACACAAGCCCGCGUCGCACUACUCGCGGAGGGUCACGACGGGAUGGACGUUGUCUAUCUCGCAUCGCGUCCUACUUCUUCCAGUAUCGGUCUGUGGUUCGGCAGGCGAUUUGGCUCACAGCGUCGUCAAGCUAUCAUGCGCUGGGCCUUCGCCUACGCCACUUCCGUCCCCAUGAUGUUUCUGCUGGCUCUCGGUAUCGCCGGUCUUUUCUCGUGUCUUUGCCAAUACAUCCUACUAAGGGCCAUUGAGGACAAGACCCCCGAGCUUACCAAGCAGGUCGGUGACUUUGCCGGAAAGGUCGUUUCAUCACUCAACAAUGCCUCCAUGUCUUGGUCGCAGGGCGUCAACGGUGCUGUUGGCAAGCUGGACGACACAAUCAACGACGACAUGCUCAGCUGGGUGAAUGGAACAACGACUGCGGUCAACAAUACUCUCAAUGGCUUCGUUGACGAGAUGUCCAAGACUCUCAAUGAGACCUUCGGCGGCACGCCCCUUCACGAUCCUAUCAAGGAAGUACUCAACUGCCUGAUUGGUCUGAAGAUUGCCGGUAUUCAAAAAGGCCUGACCUGGGUCCAGGACAACGCUCAUAUUUCGUUCCCGGGCGUUGCAAACAACACAUUCUCUCUCGGCGCCCUCGCCGCAGAGAGCGACUCAGGAUCUGCUGCCGAGCUGCUCGCCGAUCCCAGCGGCAAAGCCAAAGACGAAAUCACCGAAGCCGUCACCUACCUUUUCCGCCGCGAUCCCUACGAGAGCAACCGCGCCUACACCAUCGACCCUGCCAUCGACUAUGAGCCCAAGCCCGCAGAUGCUGGUGCAUACGAUCCCGCCGCGCCGCCAUCCUAUGUUGCCAAUGACUACAACGUUAACAAAGCCGCGCCAUAUACGCUCGGCCACCGACCCUUCCCGACUUUCGACGCAGACCCAGAGUCCGAGAAAGUCGGCUCCGUCGGCGCGCAUGCCAUCACCUCGUCCUCACGCCCUGGACACCUGCGCGCAAGCAGCCAUGGCGACCUAGCCGACCCGUCACCCGCCGAAGAUCGAGCAAAUCCCUUUUCCGACAAUCACUUCCCGCGCGAGAAGUAG